UAUAUGACAUAAAGUUAGAGUAAAAUUAUUUCUCAUUCAAGUUCACGCAACAACUGUGUUAAUUUUUAUUUAUUUAAACAAUUAUUCAAUGUGCCUUCAAUAAAAAUCCAAUAAGAAAUUAUCAAGUCAUUUCGAAUUUAUAAUAAUUUGAAAUUUAAGUUCAAAGAAACUUCCGAAACAAACGAAAAAAAACUUCAAACAAUGGAAGACAUAUUUCACUGGUGUCGUGAAGGAAAUUCAAUUCAAGUCCGAUUAUGGCUAGAUGAUACAGAACAUGAUAUGAAUCAAGGGGAUGAUCACGGAUUUAGCCCAUUGCACUGGUGUGCCAAGGAAGGCCAUGUAAAGUUGGUGGAGAUGCUUCUCCAGAGAGGAGCUCGCGUCAAUGCGACCAACAUGGGUGACGACAUCCCACUGCACUUGGCCGCAGCUCAUGGUCAUCGAGAUAUCGUGGGUUUGCUUCUUCGUGAACGAUCUGAUGUAAAUGCCACCAAUGAACAUGGCAAUUCUCCUCUGCAUUACACCUGUUUUUGGGGCUAUGAUAUGAUCUGUGAAGAUCUUAUUCAUCAUGGAGCACUUGUGUCGAUAGCCAAUAAAGAUGGUGACACUCCAUUGGAUAAAGCCAAGUUGAAUCUCUCUAAGCGACUUCAAGAGCUUGCCGAAAAGAAUGGUCAGGAAUUGAAGAAGAUCAGUUUCAAAGAUCAAUCAUGGUUGGGACUGAAGACACGUUCGCGUGAUGCAACUUUGUCUCGAUUCAAGGGAAUUAAUAUUGGAGAUUUGGAUUUGCAUAGCAAAUUGGCAAUUACACCGUCUGGUGAGACAUGGAGAGGAAAAUGGCAAAAGAAUGACGUCAUUGCUAAGAUUCUUGCUGUACGACAGCUUACGUCACGCAUAUCGAGAGAUUUUAAUGAAGAAUUCCCUAAACUACGAAUUUUUUCACAUCCCAAUAUCUUGCCAAUUAUUGGAGCGACCAAUUCGCCACAGAAUUUGAUUGUUAUUAGUCAGUAUAUGCCACGUGGAUCAUUGUAUCAAUUGCUUCAUGGAGCAGCUGGUGUUGUUGUUGAUACAUCACAAGCUGUUCGAUUUGCUUUGGAUAUUGCUCGUGGAAUGGCAUUCUUGCAUUCUUUGGAACGAAUUAUACCAACUUAUAAUCUGAACAGUCAUCAUGUAAUGAUUGAUGAAGAUUUAACAGCACGCAUUAACAUGGGCGAUGCGAAAUUUUCGUUCCAAGAGAAAGGACGUUUCUAUCAGCCAGCAUGGAUGUCACCAGAAGCUUUACAACGCAAGCCAACUGAUCGUAACUGGGAAGCUUGUGACAUGUGGAGUUUUGCCAUUUGUGUUUGGGAAUUGGCCACACGUGAGAUCCCAUUUGCCGAUCUAUCGCCAAUGGAAUGUGGCAUGAAGAUUGCCCUAGAAGGCCUUCGUGUUAAAAUUCCACCAGGAACUUCAUCGCAUCUAUCAAAAUUGAUAACUAUUUGUAUGAAUGAAGAUCCUGGCCGUAGACCUAAAUUCGAUAUGAUUGUUCCGAUUUUGGAUAAAAUGAAACGUUAAAAUUUAUGUUCAUGUAUUCGAGGGCCUAUUUGAUUUUGUAUCCGUGUUCUUUUUGUGUUCUUAACUUAUUAACAAAGAAUUUUUUUGUCAUGUUAUACUCACACACAAGCACAAACCAAACGCAACACACUUUGAUUUUCAUUUAAAUGUAAAGAAGUGCCUAAUAUACUUGACGACUAAUGCAGGUGCCUGCCCAAAGUUCUCUCUCUUAUAAUAUCUUUAAUUCAAAAAUGUCUCCGAAGAAUGGCGAAUUUAUAAUCUCUGCCAAUAAUGUCAUUCGUGCCUUAUGUGCCUAAACCUAGUGUAAGUAACGAAACGUAAAAUGAAUUUUAAUUUAAUUUUGCAUUUUUGCUCUCAUUUUAAGUUUCAGGAAAAUAGAAAUUGAUUUUUUUUUUAUCAUUUUAGAUAAAUAUUUUAUAUUCGCACAAAAUAAUAUCAACAGCCAAUUUGUUUAAUUUUUUAUAUAUAUAUUUACAUUUUGUUAUAACAUUGUUGUUAAAAUUUUACAUAAAAUAUUUCCGGUAUAAAUUUUUUAGUGGUUGAUAAUAUCAACCACUGGAGGUGCUUACUAAGUUUAUGCAUAGUAUAUUUAUAGCAAUAAAAUAAAAUAAGAUAAAGCCUUUGAAAUUUUU